AUGCCUCUCUCUCUCUCUCUCUCUCUCUCUCUCUCUCUCUCUCGCGACUCCGCUGUCCACGUGUGACGUCAUAACGUCAGGUCCGCUGACAUUUACAGCCAGCAGGAGGCGCCAACUGACAACCGUGUGUGUGUGUGUGCGCGUGUGUGGAAAACAAGGGCUAAAUGCGGAGGUCAAAUUCACUAUCACUGACUAACUGAAGCAUGAAGAUACCCUAACCCAAUUAAAUGUCUAACAUAGUUCAUUUCCUAGACCCUUACUGUAAAUUAGCUGAUGUUCAGUCACGCCUCUUUCCCUCCCUUCGCCUCUGUAAUUUGACCCUGGUUGCCGUGGUGACCGGACCUGCCAGUUCACAUGAGCGGCACGACUUUAAUGAUCCGGUUUAACGGAGCUUCGCUCGUUUAAUCUCAGGAGGUGGUGGGGGUAAAGGGUAAGGAGCGACUCCUCCUCCUUCUCCCCGGCUCCUGCCUCCCUCCGUCGGUUCCUCGGUCCACUAACACCAUGAUGCCGUCUCUGCAGAAGCGUCUCCUCUUCUCCACCUGCGGCCUCCUCGGCUUCUGCUGCGCGCUCUCGGCCGCGGUGGCCUGCGCGCUGCCGCUGUGGGUCAGGGGGACCGUGCUGUGCCGGACCGGGGCUGAGCUGGUGAACGCCUCCGGACCCGAACUGGACAAGUUCGUUGGUGAACUGAGUUACGGCCUGUUUCACGGUCAAAGGGUGAAGCAAUGCGGGCUUGGCGGGAGGGCGUCCCGCUUCUCAUUUUUCCCAGACCUCGUGGGUGGUUUCCCCGUCGGCCUCCACGUGACCGUCGUCGUCUUCUGUGGCACCGUGAUACUCUUCUCCUCUGUGGCGACAGGCUUCUUCUUCUUCAACGCCUUUGGCCACCCCUACGAGACGCUGCAAGGCCCCAUGGGACUUUACUUGUGGAGCUUCAUCUGCUGUGUAUGUAGCUGUCUGGUGAUGAUUCUGUUUUCAUCCGAGGUGAAGCUCCAUCGUCUCUCAGAGAGCAUUGCCAAUUUCAACGAGGUCAACUUCAUGUUCCAGACGCACACAGAGCGCUAUGAUCGCUGCUUCUGGCUCUUCCUCAUCAUCUUCCUCCUCCAAGGACUCAACAUCCUGCUGAUCCGCCUGACAGGUAUUCACUUCCCCUUCAGGGAGAACAAGGAGGCAGAGCUUAGUGGGGGUGCCAUCGACCUCUUGUACUGAAGUGGAUCAGUGGAACCACGAAACUUGUUGCCACAGCAACUUGGUAGGCCUUAAACUGCGCAGAGCCCUGACCCCACAACUGUGAGGCCCAAAUCUCUGAUCCAUAACCCCAGCGCACGACCCCCCCUCUAAUCCCCUGACCUCCAGACACCUGGAACUCUGAACCAGAACCAAGAAGUGAACCCACACCAAACUUUUUUUUUUUUUUUUUCUUAAAU